CUUAAUUAAUGGGACAAACCCAAAUCUCCACAGGAAAUGAGGGCCAGGUCACCAUUUACUGCAUUGAUACGGAUGGAGACUCUCAUGGAGGAGGACAAGAAAUGGAAAGAGAGAGCAAAAAUCAGAAAGAGAAAAAGACUGAAAAGGGAGGAGCAACAAGAUCAAGAAGAAGGAGGUCAGAAGAGAGGUCAGAGGAGAGGUCAGAGUCAUCCAGAGAUGGAAGAAAAGACAGAAGAAGAGGAGGCAAGGAGGGGAGGAGGAGAGGAAGACAGGGAAAGGAGGAGGAGAUCAAGAAAGAUAGAAAGAACAACAAGAAUGAAAAGGCCAAGAAACAGCGCAGAGAAGAAGAGGAUGAGGUAAAGGAGAAAGAGAAGACAGAGGAGAAGAAAAAGACAAAGAAAAAGAACAAAAAGGCUGAAGAUGAAGAGAUGAAUGGGAAGAAGACAAAGAAAGGAGAACAGGACGACCAAGUGAAAGAGAAAAAGGAAAAGAAAAAGAAGAAGAAGGCAACUGAAAUAAUCUCAGAAUCUGAAGCAAAGUCUUCCUCAUCAUCAUCAUCCUCAGAGGAGGAGGAGGAGGAGGAGGGUGAGAAGGAGAAGGUUGGUGAUGAAGAGUUUGUGGUGGGCUCUCUGAGUCCGGAGGAGCUGGAGAGGCUGAAGGAGGCGGUGGACGAGAGGAAGAAGCUCAUCACCACACUGAGAGGAAAGCCCUGGCCCAUGCGCAAGAAACUGCCCACACUCAGGGAGUCUCAGCUGUUUGUAGAGAAGUAUGAAGGUGCUUUGGGGAAAGGACGAGGACGGAAGCUCUAUGCCUACAAGGUCAUGAUGAGGAAGAAAUGGAUGAAGUUUGAGAGAGACUUGGAGAACUUCAAGACGGCCUGCAUCCCAUGGGAGAUGAAGAUUAAAGAAAUUGAAAGUCAUUUUGGAUCUUCAGUCGCCUCCUACUUCAUAUUUCUGAGAUGGAUGUACGGCAUCAACAUGAUUCUGUUCAGCCUGACGUUCGGGCUGGUCAUGGUUCCUGAGGCACUGAUGGGGCGGCCUUAUGGGAGCAUUCCUAGAAAGACUGUCCCUAGAGAGGAACAGGCCAGUGCUAUGGACUUCGCUGUCUUGUGGGACUGGGGGGGUUAUGCUAAGUAUUCAGUCUUAUUUUAUGGAUACUACAACAACCAGCGAGCUGUCGGCUGGCUGAAGUUCCGCAUGCCCCUGUCCUACUUCUUGGUGGGGGUGGGCACGGUGGCUUACAGCUACAUGGUGGUCAUUAGAACCAUGGCACGCAAUGCUAAAGAGGACGGUGGGGGCGAUGACACCAGUUUUAAUUUUAGCUGGAAGAUUUUCACCAGUUGGGAUUACCUGAUUGGAAACCCGGAGACAGCCGACAACAAGUUCGCCUCCAUCACCACAAGCUUCAAGGAAGCCAUCGUCGAGGAGCAGGAGAGCAGAAAGGAUGACAACAUCCAUCUGACCCGCUUCCUCCGCGUUUUGGCCAACUUCUUGGUUCUGUGCUGCCUGGCAGGAAGUGGAUAUCUGAUCUACUUUGUGGUGCGUCGGUCUCAGAAGUUUGCCCUUGAGGGUCUGGAUAACUAUGGCUGGUGGGAGAGGAAUGAGGUGAACAUGGUGAUGUCUCUGUUGGGAAUGUUCUGUCCGAUGCUGUUUGAUGUGAUCAGCGCGCUGGAGAACUAUCACCCCCGUAUUGCUCUGCAGUGGCAGCUAGGGCGCAUCUUCGCCCUCUUUCUUGGCAACCUUUACACUUUCAUCAUAGCGCUCAUGGACCAGAUCAACCUAAAGAGAGCAGAAGAGGAGAUAGUGAAGUUUAACAUGACAGCAUGGCAGGCCAACCUGUAUAACGGAACCAUACCGGAGAACUCCACUGCUCCUCCAAUCACAGUGGACCCUGCAGACGUACCCAGGGGGCCUUGCUGGGAGACAAUGGUGGGACAGGAGUUUGUGCGCCUGAUAAUAUCAGACACCAUGACCACCUACAUAACGCUGCUGAUCGGUGAUUUCCUCAGAGCUGUCUUGGUGCGCUUCCUCAACCACUGCUGGUGCUGGGACCUGGAGUACGGCUUCCCCUCUUAUUCAGAGUUUGACGUGAGUGGGAACGUACUUGGCCUCAUAUUCAACCAAGGAAUGAUCUGGAUGGGAGCGUUUUAUGCCCCCUGUCUGCCAGCUCUGAAUCUCCUCCGGCUGCACGUGUCGAUGUAUCUGCAGUGCUGGGCCGUCAUGUGCUGUAACGUCCCUCAGGAGCGAGUGUUUAAAGCCUCCGGCUCCAAUAACUUCUACAUGGCCAUGCUGCUGGUCAUCCUGUUCCUGUCCACGCUGCCCGCCAUCUACACCAUCGUCUCCAUACCUCCAUCCUUCGACUGCGGACCUUUCAGUGGAAAAAGCCGAAUGUUUGAUGUGAUUCAGGAGACGCUGGAGUCGGACUUCCCUGCCUGGUUUGGUAAAGUGUUCAGUUACGCCUCAAACCCGGGCCUGGUCCUGCCCUUCCUGCUCCUCAUGGUUCUGGCGAUAUAUUACCUUCACUCCACCUCUAAAACAUACAAACAUGCCAACCUGGAGCUGAAAAAGAAGCUGCAGGCUCAAAGUGAGGAGAAUAAGAAGAAAAAUAAACUGGCAGCGCAGAAAGCAGCUAAUGAUUUGGAGCAGGCUAAGAUCAUGGCUGCUGCUGAACAGCAGGAGAAAGAGGAGAAACAGACCAAUAACAAUGCUUCCCGAAGAGAGAAAGACAGCAGACACAGUAGUACCGGUCACCCCGUGGUCCAGGGUUAUCGUAAUGGCCGAGGAUCUGCCCUGUCUCACUCUCAAAUCCCUCCAUCCACCAGACCCCCUGCUCCCAGAGUGCACCACUACCAGCCGGGACCAUUACCAGGACAUCCCGGACAGCCAGCAUCCAGGAAACAGGACAGCUCACUAUCCAGUAGGAGCAGAUGACCCUCAUGAGCUGUUUACCAGGACAUCAGAGGACAGUUAAGACACAAUUAGCUUCCUGUGCCACUGGCUUCCAAAUCUGAUUCCAGAGAGUUACAGUGAUAAAAGCGAAAAAUCAAAACCUAUAUAUAUAUAUACCAAAUGCUGUUAAUCAGCAAAGAACAUGUUAAGUAAAGUUAAAUAUUUGAGUUUUAUACUGCCAUUACGAGUAAUAGAAACUUAAGUAAACCGGUUAACAUCAUGAUAAUUACAGAUGUCAAUUAUUUGCUUGUUAAAAAGGACUCUCCAUGAGGUUUGCUAAAACGUAGACAACAUAGACAUGUAAACAUAGACUCCUACGCUAUGCAGAGUCUAUGUAUAUACUGUAUGUCUGUCAUUAUCAGUAGAGUGAUGGCGGUGCUCGGAGCUGAAGCUAGCGUUAUGGGAUGUAAACAGUGGUUUUUAAUAAGCUUCUUCUGCAUUUUUUUAGUCAUUAAUGCCUUUUUUUAAAUGUCAGAGCCCUCCGGAUUUUAUCAAUAGGUGUGGAGCUACUUUGAGCCUGGAUAAUGGUGUUAAACAGCGUCUUAUUGGGGUUAAAUAUGCCCCGAUAUGGCUGAUAUGUAAACCACUGUUUACAUCCCAUAAUGCUAGCUUUCAGCUCAGAGCACCGCCUUCACUGUACAUGUACAUAGACUCCACAUAGCGUAGCAGCUGGUGCCAGGAGGCAGGCUAUGCAGAGUCUAUGUUUACAUAUCUAUGUCAUUAUCAGUACAAUGAUGGUGGUGCUUGGAGCUGAAGCUAGCGUUAUAGGAUGUAAACAGUGUUUUUUUUUAUUCUUCUUGUACACUUUUUAAGUUAUUAAUGCCUCGUUUUAAAUAUCAGGGCUCUCUGGAUUCUAGCAAGGAGGUGUGGAGCUACUUUGAGCCUGGAUAACCAUGUAAAAAGCGAUUUAUUGGGGUAAAAAAAUGCCCCGAUAUGGCUGUUGUACAGAGUGCUGGGCGAAAAGCACAAAAUUACUAGAUCUCAGAAAGCUGCUGGAGAGCAGAGGUGUGCUAUUCCACAAAGAUAAGUACUUUUUAUCAUGUUUUACAGCACCCAAAGUAAAUUCUCCUUUCACAUAAAUGAGUAUGUUUUAUAGAGAUAAACAGCAAAUUCUAUUGGACACUGGACCUCCAGGACCAGAGCUGAAUAAUUACACAUUAAUAACCACUAAAAGAAAUUUCUUUGGAGAAAAAAAAGUAGUUUUUUUGAGACACAGCCAUUCUGUAUGCUUGAUUUUGGCCAUGCAGGUACCAGAAGCUUUAACAAAACAAAGUUUGCUAAAGUUUACCUAGUAACCCUAUAGGAACCCACACCCACUGUUACACUGAACAGACUAAAGUAAAAGAUUUGUUUGUUGUUUUUGUGGACGGACUAUGCGGUGCCAUGUGGAGCGGAGUUGGAGGAGUCCGCUGCCAGCCAGUAUUAUUUCACUAAACAGGAACACUUCAUUAUUUUUUCCGUUGAUAAACUGAAACUCAAUCUGAGCGGAGAUAAACCGUGGACGCAGUACCGGUUUCGUCCUGUUGAUGCUUUCCAGCCACGAACUAUGAAGUCAUGGGUUUGAUCCCAUCUGAUGAUAUCCUUCCAUCCCUCCAUCCUGCCAUUGUGCCCUUGAGCAAAGCACUUAACCUAUUCAUCUGUUCCAGGUCCCUGUGAAUGGUAUCGGGACACUGCUUAAAAAAAAUUAAAAUGUUGCUUUAUUGAUAAAACAUCGGUACUGCUGCUGAUCUGAUUGUCUCAGUGGUGUUUAUUUGCAUGUUUUAGCAGGACCUGGAUGUUCCACGGCUUAGUAACUCGAGACUGACUGGGUGCUUAUCUUGGUGAAAGAGAAAUGACCUCUCGAGUUACGCAAUGUCUUAACUCAUAGAGGGAAGACAGUAGUUGCAAACACCCAAAUAUUUGAAACUAAAAAUGAUUAAGAUUAAUGGGGUGCCCAAACUUUUUCAUAUGACUGUACACCACAUAGUUGUCCUGUGGAUAGAUUCCCCCACCUGAGCUGUGGAUCUCUGUGCUUCAGUGAUAGGAUGCAGCACCUGUGCAACAAGUCCAGUCUUGAAAUUUCACUACUUACUACUAAAUAUUCCACAGCCAACUGUCAGUGAUAUUAUAACACAGUGGAAAAGAUUGAGAAUGAAAGCAACUCAACUAUGAAAUGAAAGGCCUUGUAAAAUGACAUUGUGCAGAGGUCACCAACUUUCUGCGGAGUCAUUACAUCACUACACACCUCCAAACUUCAUGUAGCUUCAGAUUAACUCCAGAACAGAGUGUAGAGAAAUUCAUGGAAUGGGUUUCCAUGUCUGAUGAGCUCCAUCCAAGCCUUACAUCUUUUUAUGGAUUGACAAAUCAGGCUUAUACAUCUGGCAAAUUCGAUAAACGAGUCUGAGUUUGGCAGUUGCCAGGAGAAUGCUAUUUGUCUGACUGCAUUGUGCCAAGUGUAAAGUUUGGUGGAGGGGGGAUAAUUAUUAUUAUGAUGUGGGGCUGUUUUUCAGGAGUUACGCUCACCCCCUUAGUUCCAGUGAAAGGAAUUCUUAAUGCUUUAGGAUACGAGGCAAUUUUGGACAAUUUCACGCUCCUAACCUUGCGGAAACAGUUAAGGGACUGCCCCUCCCAAUUCCAAAAUAACAAUAUAGACAUGAAUGAGCAAGUUUGGUGUGGAAGAACCUGACUGUCCUGCACAGACUCCUGACCUCAAACAAUUGCUUAAAUAAAAAAAUAAAUAAAAAAUCUUCUUUCUUAGGUAGUUUCUGAUCGUAUGAGAGGCUGUUUCUCUAGGUGGAGAAACAUCUGUCAGACUGAAGAGUUUGGCUGCAAAUCGAAUGAUUUCUCACUGAACUCUUCCCUUACCCCCUCACCUGUCAGCACCUUCAGCUCAGCAGUACGAUGUGAGGCCAUCGGUCCUUUUAUCAGGCUGCUCCAAUCAGGAAAUGAAACCGUCUGUGACAGAUUGAGGUCUUGGUUUACCACUUGGUUUGCCUCAGCGUCUCCGUAUCGUAAGCCGGGUUUUCUCUGGGUGAACUCUCCAUCAACUAAAACUAAAACUAAAACCAAACUUCUUGCUUCCAAACUGAGACCUUCAGUCAAGAUCAUCUUUUUUAGUACAGUUUACAGUUUCUUUUGAAUGUCUGUUUUAUUCCCAUUUCAUAUCCACUGGUCAGCACGUAUAGGGCAAUGCUGCUCUGCUACAGCUGCAACAGUGCAAUAUAUUGGUAGAUGCAGUGUGCUUUGGCUACAGUACACAAGCAUUACUUUUUAUUUAAUUUCAUUUUAUUUCAUCUGCAGUGCAUCGUAAUCAUUGGAUUAUCUUUUUUUUAAACUACAGGAUCCCAUGAAUUUUCCCUUUGACACCAGUCUAUUUUCUGUGCUUCUGUUCAACCAAUUUACAGUGUUUCGUAUACACUGUACAUUGCCAUUUUUUCCAUUCAUUUUAAUUUCUACCAAACACUAAUCUCAACCCUCAUUCUUGUCCAACUGCCACCAAACUGCACAACUUCUGGGUAGGUUCUUUUACUCUAAUUUACACUCAUACUGAUAAACAUUUAUCUGUUCACUAUUGGUCCACUGAUCCCUUGUUCCUCCAAUUAAUUUUUGCACAUAUGCUUAAACCUUAGAACAGGAGUGUCCAAACUUUUUUGUUGGGGGCCAGAAGGAGAAAUAUAUUUGAAGUCACAGGCCACAGACUCUGUAAUAAAACAAAUAAUGAAAUAUACCACUUUAAAUAAUGCAUUUUUCCUGAUUACUUUAAUUUACACACCAUUUUACUUGAGUUACUAUCUUUAUCUAUCUUUGACAGUGUUGUGUAAACUAAGAUUUUUUAAAUUGAUGUUUAAUUUCAUGAUGUCUCUUAAUAUUAAACUCCUUAAUUACGGCAAAUUUUAGACUCUUUACCCGUUUUUUCUGCACUAGAAAUGCGCACUCUCUCUGCUUUUAGACUCUUUGGCCCGAUUUUCUGCGCUAAAAAUGCACACCCUCUCCGCUUUUAGACUCUUUGUCCCGUUUUUCUGCGCUAGAAAUUCGCACUCUCUCCACUUUUAGACUCUUUGUCCCGUUUUUCAGCGCUAGAAAUGCGCACUCUCUCCGCUUUUAGACUCUUUGGCUCGUUUUUGUGCGCUAGAAAUGUGCAGCCUCUCCGCUUUUAGACUCUUUUACCCCGUUUUUCUGCGCUAGAAAUGCGCAGCCUCUCCACUUUUAGAUUCUUUGGCUCAUUUCGUAGCGUUCAAAUUUUGAAUCUCACUUUAUAAAAACCUGCUUAACAGCGGGCUGACUUUCAUUCUAUUUCUAAAAUACCUUGCGGGCCGCUCCAAAAAAGGAAACGGGCCGCAAAUGGCCCGCGGGACGUAGUUUGGACACCCCUGGACUAGUAGCUCUCCAGCCCAGAGGGUUGUUGAACCCAAUUGCAGAACGGUUGAAUUCAAAGCAAGAAAAACCCAAGAAAAAAAGGAAAAAAUAAAUAAACACACCGCUCCUCACGUAUGAUCGAACCCAGGUCGUCAAGGUCACAGUCCAAAACACUACCGCUGCCCCGGCUAGUGAAUUGGGACACGGCUGGGAAAAUAGUCCCUUAUAAGGAGAUAGGGAACCCAAGAACAGGUGGAAAAACAAGAACGGGCGGAAACUAAAGUCACGCCGAGCGCGACAGAGAGAGAGAGAUGGAAGAAAUGUAAACAAAAGCUCACCAGAGAAGCAUUUUAUUAUUAUUUUUUUUUUCAAUUUCGUUCAUUAUAGUCCAAACAACCUCCUUUUUAUUAGCGACCCCUGCCUUGGAGUUUCUGUGUCCAGACAGCCCCCAAACUUCAUAUACUACAGAAGGGCAGGUUAUUGAGCUCUAAUUUACAGCCGUACUGACCUGCACUCGUCUACCUUUCAUCCCUCUUUCCUCCCAUUCCACUCCAUUGAAUUCUGUUAUUUCGCCACACAAAAAUUUCAAUGUUGCUUUCAUCUGACCAAAGUACUUUGUUUCACAUUGUUAGCUGUGUCCCCAACAUGGCUUCUGGAAAACUGCAAAUGGGUCUUUUUAUAUAUAUAUUUUUUUAAUAAUGGCUUUCUUCUUUCACCUCUUCCAUAAAGACCACAUUUGUGCAGUGUAAGACUUAUAGUUGUCCUGUGGACAGAUUCCCCCACCUGAGGUGGACCUGUGGAUCUCUGCUUUUCAUCCAGAGUCACUAUGGCCGUCUUUGCUGCAUUUCUGAAAGCUUGGGAAAUGGCGUGUUCUUUGGACUUCAUGAUGCUGUUUACUCCCCAAUAUUCUCUUAACCAUCCAUGCAAGCCACUGUAGGUUGCAGGAUGCAGCUGACCAAGGCAUAUCAUACAAAAAAGGUAAAGCCACUGAUUGCAGGAUGCUAUUAACAUGUUUUUCCACAUGACAUGGACGCCUAGGUUUCAAAUACAUUUUCCAUGCUGGUUCCUACCGUGGGCUGCCUUUUCAAAUCUACUUUCGACUCUCCGGGUGUACUGUGUCCCACACUCAGAUCCUUUUCCCCCUGCCAGAGAUUUGCCAGCAAAGAUAUGAGGUUCACUAAUUGUCCAGUGGGCCCCAGUAGUGCACUGUUUAGCAUAGCAUCGAGUAGCAUUUAACAUGGAGUGUCCAUUAAGAGCCUAGAAAGCUUUGGUCAUGGCGGCACUUCCGUCUUUUUAGGGUGGUUUAAAUGUAUGCACUGAUACCUGGCUGCAGCUCUGCAUCAACUUCAUGCAAUCUUGACAUUUAUUCAUUGGAGGCUUGGCGCAUGAGUUUCAUUAACAUUGCAGGCGCUCAUGCAGAAUGCAUGAAGAGAUUCCAUUAACUAUUAAUCCAAGACAUUUGAGAUUUUUGUUCAUCUGUUCAUUUAAGUAAGCAGGGCUUCAUUUGGAGCUGCCAGUCCUGCUGGAUUCAGGUAGCAAGUGGAUUCACAUUCAGAAAUGAACUCAGUAAAGCUACUGUGAGUGAGCUGUACUCUCUUUGAUUUCUUAGCAUAAA